GGAAAAGCUCUCCGCCAGUGGAACUGUUACCAUGGAAAUCUCCGUCGCAGCAGCAGCAGCAGCAGCAGCAGCAGCCUCGGUGGAGGAGAGCGCUCAGCACCACGGACAGCUCCCCUCGGCCAACCAUCGCAUGCUCGUCGUGGUCGGAGAGACUUCCACCAGCCAGCACCUGGACGCCGUCAGGAAACAGAUCGCACGAGGUUUGCGUUCCUGGAGCGUCGACCUGACGCUCUGUGACCUGAACAAGGAGCUGCAGCUCUUCGGGACCAGACACACCGCGCAGUUUUCUUCGCAGGUCAAAGGCCAGCGGACCCUCCAGUACCACAGCGAUGUCCUCCAGGCUGUGGUGUUGGUGAACCCGUCAGAGGAGACCGCCGCCCGCGAGGUUCGCUCUCUGAUCGCCGACUCUGCCGGGAACAAGUUGCUCAUACUGAGCGGCCAGAGCUCUGAGCAGGGAGGCGACGUCCUGCUGGAAGCUGGAGCCUUCACCUGGCAGCACUUCUCAGACAUCAUCUCAGACCCUCAAGUGAUUGAACUCCUGUCCAAGGCCGAACAACCAUCCAGGCUCACUGUUUCCUGUCAGGGAGACGGAGGCUGGAGCUCCCUGGGCCAGCCGUCAUUUAAAAACCUUCCGGAAUACCGCCUGAACCCGGAACCGACCCUCCCCGACAUGGACGGAGUCACCGAGUUCGCCGAGUACGUCUCCGAGACGGUCGACGUGCCCUCGUCCUUCGACCUCCUGGAGCCGCCGACCUCUGGGGGCUUCCUGAAGCUUUCCAAACCCUGCUGCUACAUCUUCCCCGGGGGCCGGGGGGACUCCGCUCUGUUCGCCGUCAACGGAUUCAACAUCCUGGUGGAUGGAGGGUCCGAUCGGAAGUCUUGCUUCUGGAAGCUGGUCCGCCACCUGGACCGGAUCGACUCCGUCCUGCUCACGCACAUCGGCGCAGACAACCUGCCGGGCAUCAACGGGUUGUUCCAGAGGAAGAUCGCGGAGCAGGAGGAGGAGCGGAACCGGGGGAGCGGCUCCGGCAGCGGCGGCGAGGCGCUGAAGAACUUGAUCUCUCCGGAGCUCGGGAUUGUGUUUUUCAACGUGCCAGAGAAGCUUCGAACGCCAGAGUCCACGCUGAAGGUGAAGCGCAGCAUCGAGGAGGCAUCUCUUACCUUGCAGUACCUCAGCAAGCUGGGGAUCACACCAGAGCCUCUUCACAGGGCGGUGAGCAACACGAUUGAACCCAUUACGCUAUUCCACAAACUCGGUGUUGGAAAGUUAGACAUGUACGUCCUAAACCCAGUGAAGGAGAGCAAAGAGAUGCAGUUUUUGAUGCAGAAAUGGUCCGGGAACAGCAAGGCCAAGACGGGGAUUACUAUGGCCAAUGGAAAAGAGGGAGAAAUAUCUGUCCCUUAUUUGACGUCGGUUACCGCUCUCAUUGUUUGGAUUCCUCACCGUCCAACAGAGAAGAUAGUCAGGGUGCUCUUCCCUGGAAACGCGCCGCAGAAUAAGAUCUUUGAAGGCCUCGAGAAGCUGAAGCACCUUGACUUCCUGCGGUACCCCGUGGCCACUCAAAAAGACAUGUCCUCUGGUGCAGCCCCCCCCAUCAUCAAACACACCAAAAUGAGAUCAAGAACCGACAGCAGGGAGAGUCUCAAGUCUUCACCGAAACCACAUUCUAAAACAGCGAAGAAGGACGGCAGCGGACAGGAGGACGAGUCCAAGAGCGAAAUCACCAAAGAGAAUAAAGUGGAGAAGAAGGAAGAGAAGAAACUCAAGAGUCUAAAAGCCACCAAGCAACAGAAAAACAGCGAGGUGGCCCCUGUGGGGGGGCCGACCGAGAAAAAGAAAAUACCCAAGGAGAAAACCGCCAAGAAUGAGAAAGUGUCCAAGAUGGAUGAAAAGAGAGACAAAGAGAAAAAAGAAAUCAAGAAGGAGAAACGUAACGUAAAGAAAGAUGAAAAUAUAAGGAAAGAAGAGAAAAAGGAAAGCAAAGCCAAGGAGGAUAGAAAGAGGGACCCAAGUAAACCCGAGCUGAGGAAAAUCACUAAACCCGACCUGAAGCCGCUCACUCCUGAAGUGAGGAAGACUCUGCACAAGGCCAAGACUCAGGCCAAGCCCAGGACGGACAAAAACAAGGCCGCCAAAGAGGAAGCGCAAGAGAAACAGCCGGUCCCGAAGAACGUCCCCCCCGUGGAGAUCGCAGCGGCAGCUCUGGCCGACCGGUCCAUCAUGUCCUCCCCGGAGGACCUCACUGAAGACUUUGAGGCUCUGAAACAAGAAGAACUGUCCAAAGGAAAGAGCGAGCCCAUCCAGAACGACGUGAUGUCCGGCCACUCGCCGCGCGCAGAUACCAAAGGCCCGUCUUUGGUUUUCCCAGAGGAGAAAGUCACGUCGCCAGCGACUGAUGCGAAAUCCGCUUCGCCCAAAUCCCCUGUCGGGCAGAUGGACGACAGAGAGGACCACGGCUCUUCGGUUCUCGCGGGAGCCGCCGAAAAGAGGGGAGCAAGCGAUGGCUUUGACAAGAAGUACGAAGAGGAGCAAAUGGAGAAACCGGACAAAUACCCGUCAAAGGACGACAUGAGAGACAGUUCCAAGAAGAGCGACAGCUCAGAGGAGGAGGGCGACGUCAUCGAAAAAGCUGACCUUGAAGGAACGGAAGACGACGAGGUCCUGAAGUGUAAAACAGAGGAGGCCAAAAGGGAAAAAAAUGGGAAAGAGCCGGACGCCAAAGCAGCUGACCCAAAACCUUCAUCGAGCGCGGCCAUCUCUGGGCUGGCAGCGACGUCCGCCUCGGAGCAGUUCUCCUUCAUCCAGGACGAAACCAUCCCCGGCUACUCCGAGACCGAGCAGACCUUCUCGGACGAGGAGAUCCACGAGGAGCCAGAGGAUCGAAUCCCGCAGCUGCGCUACGACGUGGGCUCCUACGACGUCUCCGUCCCUGACGCGCCCGGUACUUUUGACUCCAUGCACGGCAUAAAAGAGCUGAGGUCCUCCGGCCUCCCCGGCGUCAAAGCCAAGGCCUUCGUGGGGGGCCGCGAGCCGGAGCUUGCGCAUUACCCCGCCGUGGUCGCCGCUCCCCUCGCGGAGGAGGAGCACGUCUCCUCGGCCACGUCCAUCACCGAGUACGACAAGUUGUCGUCCUUUGCCACGUCCGUCGCCGAGGACCAGUCGAUGGCCUCUGUGACGGCGCCUCGGGCCGAGGAAGCGGGGAAGAGCCUGCUCGUCCUGGACACAGUCAACAGCGUCCCCUCGCGCCCGGAGGCCGCCCAGGGGAAGGACUAUCUCCACUCGGCCGGGACCAUUUCCCCCACCUCCUCUCUGGAGGACGACAAGUGCUUCAAGUCUCCCUCUCCCGACGAGUACCAGCCCGGCGUUCCUGAGAUGGAGCCCGACGCGAAGGUUCCAUCGCUCCGCGAAGAAGAAGAGGAGGAGGACGACGAGGACGAGGACCAGACUCCCAACGUUGACAUCCCUCUCGGCAAACUCCAACAGGGCUACGAAGACGCGGCCCACGUGACGCUCCGGGAGACGCAGAGAUCUCCCUCUAGCACAUCCUCUCCUCCUCCCCCUCCUCUCCUUUCCACCGCGCAGUGCUCCCCCACACGGGCCGCCAAGGACGACCAGCCUCUCUUCAGCGCCGAGGGAUCCAAGGCUGGCGCGAAGCCCGUUUCACCCCCUGCGUCUUUCUCCUCUGGGUUAGAUCCAGGGUCCCACAGGCCGGACGGUCUGAGUCCAGACGACAGCACCGUGAAGGUGGCCUCGCCCACACAGUCCGUGCCCACCAGCAGCGGCCACUCGCCGACGGGAGAGAGACCGCUCAAGACCGAAGACAAAGACCAAGCAGCGGCAGGUGUUAAAUCGGCCAACGCCUCAGACGGCACUGCUUCUAUUGGAGAGAAGACAGCGGCCGAAGAAGCCGAAGAAUCCAGUGAAGACAAUGAGGAGGAGGAGGAGGAGGAGGAGGAGGAGGAGGACUCCUACACCGAAAAGGAUCUGCAGCCCACUGUCAAGGCCAAGCUUAUGGAGGCAAAGGAGGGGUGCUUCCUGGACGACGACUUCGCCACCGAGGCCAAAUCUGCAAAGACAGAACCAGAAGUCGUCGCCACUGAGGAGACAAACGUGUCUUUCAGCACAGAGGAACCGGAACCUCAAAUGAUGUCCUCAGAUGAAGAUGAAAGAGGGUCUCGGAAGCCCUCAUCAACAGAUGAAAACAAAGUAGAUUUGGAAGAAGAAAGCGAGGAGGAAACAGACGACGCUUCUCGGGACCACGAGAAAAGUGUCCAUUUCAGCCUCUGCAAUUUUCCAGCGAAGGAGAGCAAAGAAAAGGCGGUGUACAUCAGGCAGGACACGCCUUACGUCCACGGCAAGACCUUCUCCUACAGCGACAUCUACGGCUCAGAGGACUCCGACUCGUGUCCUCAGGAGCCCGCCGACAAAGAGGAGAAAGGCGCCGCAAAAGACGAAGCGGAUUCGCAGCAACCAGAGGCCCCGACGCCGGCGACGGCCCGGGGACGCGUGUCCGAGGAGGAGGGAUUUAAGGGCUCCGCCUCCCCCGACCCAAAGGGCGAUUCCGCCGUUCCUCCGUUCGAAGAGGUCAAGGAGACAUUUGCACGCGACGCAGUGAGCCGAUUCCCUUCAGUGGCCGACAGACCCGAGGCCUCGUCCACCUCUCUGUCUCCGGGUAGAGACGAUUCUUCUCGAAGCCAGACUGACGACGCCAAACCCCAGACGUACUCACCGCCCCACGGCGCCGCCGCCGGCUUUGAGGAGAGAGGAGGGUGCCUGGAGGUGGACAUGCGAAAACUGACAGCGAGGGAUGAGGAGGACUACGAUGACGACGUCGUCGAUGAGGACGACUCGGAGGAGGAAGAUGAAGACGAGGAGGACAGCGAGGACGGGGGCGUGGUCGAUUCUGACGUGGAGAAAGGCGCCAAAGAGACGUCCGAGAAGGAUGUAAGAAGUCCGAUCGGUGAAGCGUUUGGAUCGAGGAGGCCUGAGUUCAUGGUUUCCAUGGCCGGAUACGGAUACAACAGCCAAGGGACGCCGAGGAGCCCCAGCUCGCCCGCAAAGACUGAACGAGAGACGGUCGACUCUUCGCCAUUCAGCGGAAAGCAAACCGAUUCGGGAGCCGCGAGUUUCUCUCGGCACUCAAGCGGGAGCGGCGAGAAAGACUCCUUUUUAUCAAGUACGACCACAGAAAAAGGUGAAGAGGAUUUCCCUCUGGAAUCAAGCGAGAGUCACCAGUACCCGAAUCUAAAAGACGAUGUCGAGCAUCAGAAGACACCAGAGCCUCUGAGUAAGACGCCGCUGGACACAAGCUUUCAGUACGCGACCGCCGCCGCCGCCGCCACCGGGUACUCCUCCUCUUCGGCCUACAGCUACUCCUCCUCCACCUCGGGCUCCCUCUCCACCAGCCGCCAGUUCGGAGAAGAGCUGGAGACGCCCGCCGAGCCCCUCUUUGAGUACUCCUCCUUUAAGGACGAACGGGCCACGGACGCCGCCGCCGCCGCCGCCGCCAAAGACGACUACCUGGAAGUGUCAGAGAAACAGCUGGACUCCAGUGUAGCUCGUUUUUCACCCCGGAGCCCAUUUGACGAGGGGAAAACCUUUGCCUCGCUCUCGUCCGCUGCCUUUGCCGAAGAUAGAAAUGAGCCUACGGCAAAGCCAGGUGGACUUAUGGAGGAUUGCUUCUAUAAGCCCGAAUGGUCCACAGGACCCCGGCUGGACCCGGCUGUUGGCUUUGGAGCCCCGUCAGGACCGUUUGCUCAGCAUUCUGAGAUCUCCAAAGACAGAGAGGCGGCCAGCGCCGCCCUGUUUGGUGUCACGUCCUCCCCCCGGCCGGAGAUGGAAGGCAAGCAUUACUUUGAGGAGACGGACAGCAGCGAGGAGGAGGACGAGGAGGCGUACAUGCGGGAGAUGACCCGCCGGUCGCCCUCGGGCGGCCCGGCCAGCCCGCCCUUCUCCGACAAACCCGCCCCUCGAGCCGCCGGCGAGGGGCCAGCCGGCGCUCUCCCCGAUGUUCUCGGCUCCUACGUGCCCUCGCCUUUCGAGCCGGACGCGGUCAACGGCCCCACGGAGGUCGGCACGAGCGCCGCCCCGGUGGCCCCGGUGGCGCUCGACGCGGCAGCGACCGGCGGUGCGUCCUCGGGCGCGGCCAAGGCGGGGUCCGGGGAGGGAGCGGUUGCCUACAGGAGCUCCUUCGAGUGGCAGAUGCCAAAGUCUCAGAUGGGGAUGGUGCCGGGAGACUCGCCUCCCCGCCACCGCCACGACGAUGAGUUCGAAGAAGAGCGCGAGACGGAGCCAGAGCACCCGGCCCGCCCGCUGUCCCUCUCUGCGACGGAUCAGCCGUUCCGCUCCCCGUUCUACAGCGAGGAGUGCAGCCGAGGAGGGCGGGACGAGGACGACGAGGACGAGGAGGAGGACAGCGAUCAGGACCUCGCCAGCGAUGUGCCCUUGGGGGCCGCCUCCUCGUACGCCAGCCGCAGCUCCCCUGGUUACUCCUCCUCCGAGUGCAAGCAGCCCAAACAGGACCUCUCGCCGUCUUUCAUCAACCCGUGCAUGCGGCACUUAUCCAGCGACGAGGACGAGCGCGAGCGCAGCAGCGAUCAGUCGCAAGAAGCCGAGGGGCGCGAUCGGCCGGCGAAGAGGAGGCCUCACAAGCAGCCCCAGCGGCACGCCGGCUCUCUGCAGCGGGCGGGCGGCGCGCCGGCGGGGCUGGUUCUGGCAACCGAGGACACGCCGCCCACCUCCGUCAGCGAGUCUUUAGCGUCUCAGUCGGACUCCGAUGUCCCCCAGGGCGCCGAGGAGCUUCCCUCGGCCGCCGGCGAGGGAAACUUGGACUCGGACGAGGACGCCGACUACAUGCCCAUCGACAAAAUAUCCGCCCCGGGCGGAGGCGGCCGUCGUCCCUCGAGCAGGAGCAACGACCCUCCUCCCGCUCCCCUCGUGGACCCCCGCCCAACCCCCCCCCGCCCAGACGUUUGCAUGGUGGACCCCGACUCUCUGGGCAACGGCCUGGUCAAGAAGGAGCCGAAAGCCAAGGGCUUAAAGAAGACUUCUGGGAAAACGAAAGCGGCGUCCCCGGCCAGGCGCAAGAGGUCUCCCAUGCCCGUGAGACAGACGGCGUCUCCGCGCAGCGCCUCACUGAAGAAGAAGGAGGCCGACAAGAGCUCUCGGAUGUCUCGCCUGUCAGACGGUCAGGGCUCCAAAGACGACGACCUCUCCAGGUCGAGCUACAACCCCGGCAAGACGCCGCUCAACGGGGUCAAGGGCAGUUCAGGUUCCCAGAAGUCCGGCUCCGCGGGGGCCGCCGGCCUCCCCAUUUACGUGGACCUCGCCUACGUCCCCAACCACUGCAGCGCCAAGAACGUGGACCAAGAGUUCUUCAAGCGCGUCCGCUCGGCGUACUACGUGGCGAGCGGGAACGACGCGGCGAGCGGCGAGCCCGGCCGAGGCGUCCUGGAUGCUCUGCUGGAUGGCAAAGCUCAGUGGGGAUCCAACCUGCAGGUGACGCUGAUCCCGACCCACGACACGGAGGUGACCCGCGACUGGUACCAGCAGACCCACGAGAGGCAGCAGGAGCUGAACGUCAUGGUGCUGGCCUCCAGCAGCACCGUCGUCAUGCAGGAGAAGUCCUUCCCCGCCUGCAAGAUCGAGUUUUAACGCCCCCUCCCCCCCACGCACACCCCCCCCCCCCUCCCCUCCCCCCCCGUUUUCAGCUCCCCUCUGGAGCCCGAUAUGCUAACCUGCCUCUGCUCCGCGCAGAAACAGACCCGGAGACCCGUCUAUUCUUUUCUAGAUUUGUAUUCCUUUAUAAGCUAGUUUUUUGACCGCUGCAUUCUUCUCCUCGGUUUUUCUUUUCGUUGGAGUCUUUGUUUAUUGGUACGAGACAAAAUGCCUGCUAGUAACGAGAAAAAUGAGAACUCGGCUGAAAUCAGAGCACAAGCUUGAGCACUUUAAAUCCGGCCACAGAGUUGUUCUUCUUCCGCUGAAUCCCAAACGAAAUGAAAUGAGUUUUCCGAUCGGUCCUCGCUGCGGGCGAUCCGUGAGCCGCUUUACUCAACGCUCUAUUUUCUCUCUUUCUUCCAGAACAUCGACCCAGUGUUGAACUUUGUGCCUCCUGCUGAAAUAGUCAAAUAGAAAACAUGUGCUUCACGGUGUAUUAGUAGAAUAGGGAAGAUUAUAUUCUGACAGCUGUCG